AUGGCAGCGAGCGAUGGAGACUUGCAAGGAAAGGCAGCUAGCGAUAGCAAAGAGCAAGGAAAAGCCGUCCUGAAAGGGUUCUUCACGAGGCAGCCUGCAAAGGCAGAUUGGCCGUCAGAUCCGGAGGAAGCUUGUAUAAAGCAUGCUUCGUUCUUGAAGCUGUGGUGCCCGAUGGGCUGUAGCAAACCGCAGUCUAGGGCAGCCUGGAAAGGCGCUUUUCCUCGCCUACCCGAAGGCGACAUGAAUGCCAUGAUAAAUGGUGUUGCGGAAGCCAGAAAAUGGCUGAAUCGCAAGCACCGGAACCAAAAGACGGGUGACAGAACUCACCCGAUCAUUCGGGAUCUCACGCAGUCCGAAAGGACAAACGAGUACUUCCCGACGGAGCACGAGUCCGAGAGGACCAGCCGCCAAGAGCAGUACUGUGGAGUCCAGUCCGAGAGGACCAGCCGCCAAGAGCAGUACUGUGGAGCAGCAAAUGCCGUAGAUGCCGAUGUAAUCAGUCUCUCGACCACGGCUAUCACAGCAUCCAGCAAGGGUGUGCUGGCGGCAGGUGUGCUGCUCCAGAAGAAGCCAGCGAUGGCAAAGAAGGCUGCAAAAGCCAAGCAGCCUGCAAAAGGCAAAGACAAGGUGCUGAAGAAGCCGAGCCUGAAAAAAUCUGUCGAGGGCGGCGCGCACUCAUGCAAGCUCUGCUGUGUCCAUCUAGGCAAGGUAUGGCACGAGACCGUUUCUCACGGUCUCGUGAAAGUGACUAAAGCCUCGGCCAAGGCUUACAUCACGUUCAAAGCCAGCGAUGGCAAAGAAAAAUCUUUGGUCAACGUGAACCUUGAAAAAGGCGAGAAGGAGUCCAGAGUCAUGGACUUGCUGCUGCAGAAGCUCCAGACCGAAGAGGUUGACAGAGACUCCUUGUUGAAGUUCAAGGAGGAUCUGCUUAGCAGAGAGAGAGGAGAGCCUGCAAAGGCAGAAGCAGCAGCGGCAAAAGGAGAGCCUGCAAAGGCAGAGGCGGCAGAAGGAGAACCGGAAGAGGAGAGCCUGCAGAAGGCGAAGGACUGA